AUGGAUCUAGGCGACAGCGGCGCGACGUCUGUCGUACUGGCAGACUGGCUGGACCAACUCCUCAUCUUCUGGCAUGAGUACCGCGUGGUUGUGUCGGCCCUUUUCCUGUGGUUUCUCAUGACUUUCUGGGUGCAGCGAGUCACACCACAGGUACCUUCGCAGGGACUGGAAAAGCCCAAUUGGCCUGACCGGCCCGAGAGGGUCCCUUGCACCGAUGACCAGGCUGUGGCGAGGGAGGUCGACCUGCCCAAGGCCGACCCGACUCGAAAGCCUCGACCAACGGCGGCGCGGGUGGUGACAGGUCGCAAACCGGCUGGAGCAAGGACAGAGCGCCGCGGUGUGCAGCGAGGAGCAGCAUCAGCAUCAUCAUCAUCAUCUACUACCCUCCAGCCCAUCGUCUUCUUCUCGUCCCUGACCGGGACCACGGAACGGCUCACCAAGCGUGUAGCAACUGAGCUCGAAGCCUUUUCGGUUUCUCAGCCUGCGGUGCUCCCGCCGCAGGUACAUGACAUAUCGUAUGUCGACCUUGACGACUACUUCAUCACGGGUCCCAAAACGCCCGUGGCCGUCCCGAACGUCCGAUACUUCUACCUGCUGCUCAUUCCGUCCUACGACAUCGACACCAUCCUCAACACCUUUCUCGCCCACCUCGACGAGACCCACCACGAUUUCCGCAUCGACACGUCGCCGCUGUCCACUCUGGCAGGAUAUAGCGUGUUCGGGAUCGGCGACAAAGAGGGAUGGCCUAGCGAGGAGAAGGGCUUCUGCUCACAAGCGAUCGAAGUGGACAAGUGGCUGGCCAAGUUGACGGGCAGGAAAAGAGCAUAUCCUUUGGGGCUGGGCGAUGUCAAAGGCAAAGGCGAACUCGAGCGCGUACUGCACGACUGGACGGUCGGAGUCUGCAGUGUUCUCGCGGAGCUCAAAGCAACGGGUGCCCUGGGCGAGGGAGUCCCGGGAAGCGGAGACGCCGAUGAGAGUGCCGACGAGGAGGAAGCUGACGAUGGAGAAGUCGAAGAGGUUGACUUCCCAGACUCGGGUCGUAACAAGCGCAGAAAGCUCGCUGCUACUACCGAUCUCGAAGACGUCGGGGGCAAAGAUGGCUCUCUCGCCUCUCCCUUGGCCGUCGACUUCACGACGUACGCUUCUGCUCCAUCUCCGGCGCCAACGGCUUUGAAAGCAAUGGUGCCCAAGGAAUCACCUACAUACACAGCACUGACGAAACAAGGCUACACCAUCAUUGGAACACAUUCUGGAGUCAAGAUCUGCAGAUGGACCAAAUCUGCGCUGCGCGGGCGCGGCUCGUGCUACAAGAACUCGUUCUACGGCAUCGCCUCGCAUCUAUGCAUGGAGACCACCCCGUCUCUGUCGUGCAGCAACAAGUGUGUCUUCUGCUGGCGCCACGGCACCAAUCCCGUCUCGACGACCUGGCGGUGGCAGGUCGAUGAUCCGCAAGCCAUCUUCGACGGCGCCAAGGAAGGCCACUACAAGAAAAUCAAGAUGAUGCGAGGGGUGCCUGGGGUGCGCAGCGAGCGGUUCGCCGAAGCCAUGCGCAUUCGCCAUUGCGCCCUGAGUCUGGUGGGCGAGCCCAUCUUCUAUCCUCGAAUCAACGAGUUCGUCGGCCUGCUCCACAGCGAGCACAUCUCCAGCUUUCUGGUCUGCAAUGCUCAACACCCGCAGCAACUGCAGGACUUGCGACGGGUCACGCAGCUCUACGUCAGCAUCGACGCGAGCAACAAGGACAGCCUGCGCAAGAUCGACCGGCCUCUGCACCGGGAUUUCUGGGAGCGGUUCCAGGCCUGUCUCGACAUACUGCGCCAAAAGCGGUUUGUCCAGCGCACCGUCUUUCGGCUUACACUGGUCAAGGGGUUCAACGUGGAGGAUGAAGUAGAGGGCUACGCCGAGCUGGUGGCCCGGGGUCUACCCUGCUUUAUUGAAGUCAAGGGUGUGACAUACUGCGGGACAAGCGUCUCGUCAAGCGCUGGCUUGACUAUGGGCAAUGUCCCCUUUUACCACGAGGUGGUGGCGUUCGUCGAGGCUUUGGACCGGGCUCUGGCCAAGCGCGGCCUCGACUAUGGCCUUGCCGCCGAACAUGCACACAGCUGCUGCGCCUUGAUGGCCAGCAAGCGCUUCCUGAUCAAUGACAAGUGGCAUACCGUCAUUGACUAUGACCGGUUUUUCCACCUCCUGGACCAAGGCGUCGACUUCACGCCCGAGGACUACUGCAAAGCCACGCCCGAGUGGGCGCUUUGGGGGAAUGGCGGCUUUGAUCCCCGAGAUGUACGGGUCGAUAGGAAGGGUCGGCCAAAAGAGCAGAAUUGA